AUGAGUGUACCCACAAGAAGAGUCCACGAUCUGGAUAUUACAAAUGAUCAGAAACAGAAGCAGAGCAGGAAAACAGUGGAUUAUUUUACCCCGUUGGGUAAGUACAUGAUCACGAAAAACGUAUACAAUAGAAGACGUCGAAGUGCAUUUGCUAUCGGUUCAGUUCGUCCAGAUCCAUCAUUUAUCACUGAUCUUCCACCUUCAAUGGUGAGCAAUCCAUCAAUCGUUGAUUUAAAUUGUAAAUUUACACAUGUAUCAACAAAUAAAACAAGACAUGCAAUACAUGCAGUUAAGUGGACACCGGAUGCAAGAAGGAUUUUGGUAUCUUCUUAUAGUGGAGAAUUCACUUUAUGGAAUGGUCUAACCUUUAGUUUUGAAUCUAUUAUGCAAGCGCAUGAUUUACCAAUCUUUUCAUUAGAAUAUUCACAUAAUGGUAAAUGGUUAAUUAGCGGAGACCAAUCCGGUUGUAUUAAAUACUGGCAACCGAACUUCAAUAAUGUCAAUAUCUUAAAUAAGGGACAUGAAAAUACUGUAGGGGAAUUGAAAUUUUCGCCUAACGAUUCAAAGUUUGUUAGUUGUUCAGACGAUCAAACUUUGAAAAUUUGGGAUUUCACAACAGCCAGGGAGGAGAGAGUUUUAAAAGGUCACCAUUGGGACGUUAAAAGUUGCGAUUGGCAUUCUUCACUUGGAUUAGUCGUCUCAGGAUCAAAGGAUAAUUUAGUUAAGCUAUGGGAUCCUAGGGAUGCGACUUGUAUAACCACACUACAUGAUUUUAAACAUACUGUUUCAAAGACGAUUUUCCAGAAAGGAGGUAAUGAAAGACUAUUGGCAGCAUGCUCAAGAGAUCAAUCAACACGUAUUUUUGACUUAAGGAUGUUAAGGCCUAUCAGUAAUAUAAAAAGUGACAGAGAGGCCGAUUUAACAUCCCUUGCAUUUCAUCCAAUACAUUCUACAAUGUUAUCAAUUGGCGGUUAUGAUGGAUCUUUAGCACACUAUGAUCUGUCCAAGACAGCCGAAAUAGAGAUUUUCAAAGAUAACAACGCCAAACUGGGGAAUAUCGAAGAGGAGGAUAAAAAAAUUGCAGGCAAAAUGAAGGAACUUAGGAAUUCGAACGAUGUUAAUUUGAAAAGUGAAAUAUCAGAUUAUGUUUUCAAUAAUUUGAACAACCGUGGAACACCCGUAAUAAACGAUGCAUGGCAUUCUAUUCCACAUGCACACGAAAAGGCAAUUUAUUCUAUCGAAUACCAUCCACUAGGUCAUAUGUUAUGCACUGCGGGUGCUGAUAAAUCAAUGAAACUGUGGUGCCGUGCCAGACCAGGAGACAAAAACGCAUUUAAAGACUUGGCACAUACAGGCGAGGAAAAUGUUAAAGAUGACGAGUUCAAGGAUAAUAAUGCUCUUGCGUUAGGAGGUAUACCUGGUCUAAACAGUAUACCUGGUUUCAGUUAG